GCCGUCCUUAUCACAACAGAUCAGACUUGGCCGGAGAGAAGUGCGUCCACUUCACUUCGGAGCGAAUUCUCUCUGUUGAUUUUUUUGUUUUUACAGUUUUUCCAUCGUGUUUUUUUCUCGUCGGAGUUUGUCUGCGUCUCUUCCAGGAUGGUUAAAGUGUCUUUCAACUCCGCGUUGGCCCAGAAAGAUGUGAAGAAGGACGUCGAAACUCUGAUUCCCGAGGAGGACAAAGAUGAGGAGGCAGCUCUGCCGGUGCGUCACCAGUCCCGGGCCUGGUGCUGGUGCAUGUGCCUGGGUCUCGCCCUCAUGCUGUCUGGAGUGGUGGUUGGAGGAGCCUACCUGUACCGCUACUACAUCCUGGAGGUGAGCUACCAGCCCCAGCGAGGGUGGGAAGGAGAGGAGGGUCAGGUGUUUGUGUGUGGUGUGAACUACCGUGAGGAAGACUUCAUGAUCCAGGAGGAAGACGAGUUGGAGGUGGAGCUGCCAAACCAGUUCCAGCUGCGGCAGCUGGAGGAGAGGAUCAGGGUGCUGGAGAGGGAGCAGGUGGAGCUCAUCAACGUCCCCGUGCCCGAGUUCGGAGACGGAGACCCAGCAGACAUCGUCCACGACUUCCAGCGGAGGUUGACCGCCUACCUGGAUCUGAGUCUGAACAAGUGCUACGUCAUUCCACUCAACACCUCCAUCGUCAUGCCUCCCAGAGACUUUUUGGAGCUGCUCGUCAACGUCAAGGCCGGCACCUACCUGCCUCAGUCUUACCUGCUCCAUGAGGAGAUGGUUGUGACAGAGCGUCUGCAGCACGUCGACCAGCUCGGCUACUUCAUCUACAACCUCUGCCGCGGCAAAGACACCUACAAGCUGCAGCGCAGAGACAGGAUUCUGGGUAUGCAGAAGCGCGAAGCUCUGAACUGCCACAAGAUUCGUCACUUUGAGAGCAACGUUGUGGUGGAAACUCUGAUCUGUGAGCCUUAAGAGACCUCGUCGCCUCACUUUAACUGCUCUUAAAGUCACUGGCGUGCAGUGAGAUCUGUGUUUUAAUCAUCACCUGUCUUUUUUCUUUACUUCAGGUAGUCUGAGUGAGUGAGAGGAGUGAAAUGUGAAGCUGUUUGCUAAAAUAUUCUUUUGAUUGUGAUAAAAACAAAAGAGAGAGUUGUGUAUUUUUCCACUUUUCUGUUCGGGGAUCUUCUUGGAAUCUUUUCAUAAAAUAACUAGUUAAAAGUCAGCUGAGUUAAAAAUAGUAAAUUAUUUUAAUCAAAUAACUGCAAUUAUAGCACGAACGUAUAUUUUAAUAGACGGGGGUAAAAUAUAGUUUACCUUUCUUUCAGUUCAAACAUUAUAAGACUUCAAGAGAAACUUUUGUACCACUCAUCCUGAUCAGUCCAGGGAGAUGUUUUUUGUUUUUUGUAUUUUGUCUGCUGUAGCUAUUAAUACACUGCACCUGUUCUUUCUUAACUGGAAAAUGAUCUUAAAAUAAGCGUGUGGAUACGUGCUCCUCCCGUGUAGCUUUAAAAAUAACUUUGUAUUAAAGACAAGAGUGAAAUUCCCAGCGGAGAGUUUAGACACACACUUAUGUUAAAAUCUUUUUCUCGAGGGUUGUCUGUCUUUUUUGAAUGUGUAAUUUUUUUGGAUAACUCUUCCUGUUGUACUAAUUUGUGUAUAUAAUCUCUUUAAAGAUAUGAACAGACCAACACAAUAAACAAAAUGGAAAAAACAAA